GACAUUCAUUUUGAUUGUUAUUCCAACAGAUACUUUCAUUUCAGUUCUAAUUCCAUUAAAGACAUUCAUUUUGAUUGUUAUUCCAACAGAUACUUUCAUUUCAGUUCUAAUGCCAACAGAGACAUUCAUUUCGUAUUUCUAAUUCCAACAGAGACAUUCAUUUCAUUUGUUAUUCCAACAGAUACUUUCAUUUCAGUUCUAAUGCCAACAGAGACAUUCAUUUCAUUUGUUAUGCCAACAGAUACUUUCAUUUCAGUUCUAAUGCCAACAGAGACAUUCAUUUCAUUUGUUAUUCCAACAGAUACUUUCAUUUCAGUUCUAAUUCCAACAGAGACAUUCAUUUCAUUUGUUAUGCCAACAGAUACUUUCAUUUCAGUUCUAAUGCCAACAGAGACAUUCAUUUCAUUUGUUAUUCCAACAGAUACUUUCAUUUCAGUUCUAAUUCCAACAGAGACAUUCAUUUCAUUUGUUAUGCCAACAGAUACUUUCAUUUCAGUUCUAAUGCCAACAGAGACAUUCAUUUCAUUUGUUAUGCCAACAGAUACUUUCAUUUCAGUUCUAAUUUCAACAGAGACAUUCAUUUUGAUUGUUAUGCCAACAGAUACUUUCAUUUCAGUUCUAAUGCCAACAGAGACAUUCAUUUUGUUCGUUAUUCCAACAGAUACUUUCAUUUCAGUUCUAAUGCCAACAGAGACAUUCAUUUUGAUUUGUUAUGCCAACAGAUACUUUCAUUUCAGUUCUAAUUCCAUUAGAGACAUUCAUUUCGUAUGUUAUUAA